AUGGCGGCCGCUGGGGCGAUCCCCCCUGCGCUCUCGCCAGAGCAGCCGACCCUUGACCAUGACGACAGCAACAUCUCCAGUCCGUUGAGCGAUGUCGAGGACGGAGACGGCGACGAAGGCUCUCUCGAUGUCAUGAACAUACAUCACGAUACGCCUCGCCAGCAUGACGACGACGAGGGCGAUGUGUCCGAGUCCGACAGCAAUCUCUCCGACGCCAACGACACCGAGGCCGAGACGGAGCGUCUCUUCGACACACCGCAAGCCCAGCGACACCGAGACGUCGUCGUCAAUGAAUUCAAUGACGGUCAGAUCUUUGAGCACACCCCAAGUAAGCUCCAGAAAACAUUUUCCGUCGACGACGAGGCCGACAAUAGCGAUAAUGAGUCGCUGUCCGACAACGACGACGUGUCCCUGGCAUCGAGCCCCGGCGACGGAUCCCCUUCCCCGACCAAACCUGCCAAGCCCGCCGUCACGUCGUUGGCAAGCCCUGUUCGAGAAUCAUCGGAGACGAAGAAGCGAAAACGGUCACUUCCCGUCGAUCAAUCCGACUCUGACCAACCCUUGAGAAAGCGCACGGGCUCGUUCGCCGCGCCAGACUUGGGCGAUGCUGCGCGCCGCGAAGAUGAUGAGGAUGAUCCUCUGUCGACGCGCCCCAACAGCGGGAACCAAUCUGCCGACGAGGAAAUUCCAGUCCUGACCACCGAAGCCAAGACUGAGCCGUCUCGAGACAGCGCCAGCCCAGUCAAAGCGCACCCCCCGACGAGGGCGUUGAGCCCCGUGUGGACGAGGAUGUGGCUGUUGCCCGAGGUUGAAGACGAUGCCGACGCUGCCGCCAGAGACGAGGAAGAACGUAGGGCAACCACUUGCAAUGGCAUGAACGAACGACAGCUAACGCCACGCGCAGUUGAGAGGAAACAAGCCGCACUCGACGAGUGGAGUCAGCUUGAAGCCAGAUUUGUGCUCUUCCGCGAGAGGCUCUACAAGGAGCGCCUUGAGCGUUUGGAAGCCGAGGAGCAGUCUCUCCAGUCCGACAAUCCUACCCACCCUGAAUAUCUUCUCAUGAGGCAAUGUCUCGACGAGCGACUCGACAACAGGAUGCGCGAGGUCAACAGGGAACAUGAGCUCACAAUCCAAGCCCUCGACAGACUCUCCGUCGCACGCAGGGCGCAGAUCUGGGGUCAAUUCUACCAGGGUAUCCGGGAGAAGCGUGAGCAAUACCUGGAAUCGCUCAACCAGGAGUGGUACGAAACCCAGAACGCCAGGCGCAGCGCACACAGCGUCCCCGACUACAGCAUUCAAUUCCCCACGAUCCCUGCCCAGCGCACCAGGAAUGCUGUCGCAUACAACACUGAGGUGGCCUACCUCGCAGGCCUCGCCAAGCAUGAAGGCUUUCCCGCGGUUCCUGCGAUGCGAGGUGCAAGCGCUGCCGAAAUUGAUGACGAUCUGGAAGCUAUCAAGAGAUCAAUUAUGCAGCCUCUUGAAGACUAUCAGGCCGUUUCAUUUGGAGGUACGCUCGGUCCGGCCGGCGAACAGUUUAUCAAGAACACGCCUUGGGCAAACCCCAACCACAUCUCCCACAAGAUGCAACAUGUGCCUCUUCACUCUGAGCCCGGUUCCAGCACCGCCAUGUCCUCGGCGCCGCCACAAGCUGGUCCCUCGCAUGUGGGCCAACACCACCACCACCAUCACCACCACCAUCAGCAGCAGCAACAUCUGCCGCCGCCGCCGCCCAACGGACAGGCAACAUCUCAGCAGUCACCAACACUAUCAGCCGUGUCUCCAGAGACGUUGCGAACGGCCAGCGUCCUCAGCCAGGGCGUCCACAUGAAGCAUGCGGGAAUGGGCGGUGUGGGCCGCGGAACCAAGGCAGUACAGGCACAGGAGCCGGCAUCGAAACAGGAUAUGCCCAUGGCUGUGGCAACCUAA